GUGUCUUAAACUCAUUACACCCGCACGUUGUUUGUCUUCGUUCUCUUCGUAAAGAUUCUCUCCAUAACUCCUCACAUUCACUCUCUCUCUCUCUCUGAGUGAUCCUGGGAAAACCCAUUACCGGGAUCUGAUUAUUUUUUAACUCAAAAAAGAAGGAGAAGAAGAAAGAUGGAAGAUUAUUUACAAUUUUUCGUUGAUGAAACAAGUUUUUACAAUGGGAUUGUUCUUGACAAUCUAGUGCCGGCAAAUUUAUGGAAACCACUUCCUCAUUUUUUCCAAACUUGGUUGAGGAAUUACAUCGGUGGAACUUUACUUUAUUUCAUAUCUGGGUUUCUUUGGUGUUAUUAUAUCUAUCAGUUCAAACGAAAUGUUUAUCUUUCUAAAGAUGCUAUCCCUACAAGAAAAGCGAUGCUUUUGCAAAUAUGUGUUGCAAUGAAGUCAAUGCCCUGGUAUACUCUUCUUCCAACGGUUUCAGAGUACAUGGUUGAAAAUGGUUGGACAAGAUGCAUUUCUAGAAUAAGCGACGUCGGAUAUCCUGCCUACCUUUAUUAUUUGGCAGUUUAUCUCGUCUUUGUUGAAUUUGGGAUUUACUGGAUGCAUAGAGAAUUGCACGAUAUAAAGCCUUUGUACAAGUGGCUUCAUGCUACACAUCACAUCUACAACAAGCAGAACACUCUUUCUCCAUUUGCAGGUCUGGCAUUUCACCCUUUGGACGGAAUACUACAAGCAAUUCCCCAUGUGAUAUCACUAUUCCUUAUUCCAACCCAUUUUACAACUCACAUCUGUUUAUUAUUCAUCGAGGCGGUAUGGACAGCUAAUAUUCACGAUUGCAUACAUGGAAAGCUGUGGCCUGUGAUGGGUGCUGGUUACCACACAAUACACCACACAACUUAUCGUCAUAACUACGGUCAUUAUACAAUAUGGAUGGAUUGGAUGUUCGGAACACUUCAAGACCCUGUAGAAUCUGCAACAACAGCCAAGAAGGAGUAAGGGAGACUUGGAAAGAGAGAUGAAUGAACUUUUGUUGUUAAUGCAGUACUGAUGGUUGUUCAGAAUGCAGUGUUAUUAAAGAGUCUAGGAUUAAUUCUGAAGCUUUUGUUAGAUUCUUGAUUUUGAAAUGGUUUUCUUCUUCUUUCGAUUGUGAAUGUGCAGUGUAUAAAUUUAAGUUGUUUGAGUUUCUAGCUUAGCUGCUGCUGGAGCUAUUUAGUGUAUUUUAAUUAUGAAUGCAAGGAAAUGUUUGAACUAUUGAGCAGAACCAAGUAAGUUACAGGAACCAGCAUUUGGCUUCUAAGAGAGAAUAUUAAUUCAGUGGUC